GCCUCGGAAGAUAGCUACCACACUCACACAGAACAAGAGCCCCGCAGGUUGUAACUGCGAUGUCCACAGGGUCAGCAAGUGAUGCUGAAGACAUUCAAGAUCUGGCUGUCCAGCGAGAAGACCUCGACUACGGAAAGCCCAAGCGGAAUGCCAUGGCUGACAUGCUUUGCAAUUCUACUGAGAACUCCGACGACGAAUCCGCUAACGACGUAGAUUACAACAACCUUAAGAAAAAACGCGCGAGGACCGGACCCAACAGCAGCCAGCUCCAUAAGGCACACAAGGACUGUAAGCAGUCGCAGAGAAACGCCGCUAACGCCAGGGAGAGGGCGAGGAUGAGAGUGCUGAGCAAAGCUUUUUCGAGACUGAAAACUAGUCUGCCCUGGGUACCGGCGGACACUAAACUGUCCAAAUUGGACACGCUGCGACUUGCCUCUAGCUACAUCUCGCACCUCCGGCAGCUCCUUCAAGAAGACAGAUACGAGAGCUGUUUUGUGCAUCCUGUGAACUUGACGUGGCCAUUUGUGGUCUCUGGGAGACCAGAGGAAACCAAGGAGAUUACAGCUGCAUCUCGACUGUGUGGAGCUACAGCAUAGGCACCAGUGUUUUAUUACUUUAUUAUUUAUAUAUGCUGUACUGACUUCCUAUCUGCCUUAACUGCAGUAUUAAUCUUUUAUCUUUUAUGUAGAUAUAUUUCAAGCACUUACUUUGAACUCUAUUGCAAGAGAAGUUUAUGCACUGUGCAGCUUGCUCAUCAUUAUACAGUAAAUUUAAAGAGUAUCUGCAGAAUUGCCUCUUUGUAAGAAAGCGUAACCGGAAAGCAGAUGGAACUUUUAAUUCAAGAUGAAGAUGAAUACCUUUUAUAUGGAUAUUCCAGUUAUACAGCAGGAAACAGUUAGGUUUUAUUAUAACUUAGAGGGCUAAGUACAUUGUGUGUACAGUUCAUUUGAUGUGCAUUAUAAUGGUAUUACCCAAUGAUUUUACACUGGGUUUAAUAUAGUCUAUGUUUCUCUAACAUUGGAUGUGAAAAAAAAUGCAAUCCGUGGGUUUAACGAGACACACACAUUUCACCCGUUUGUGGUACAGUAGGUACAACCUACAUGCACGCAUAGUACCACAGGAGUGGUACAUGACAGAAGUUUUCAGGGAUUCAUGGGAUUGAGGAAUUUGGUACUGGUAUUAUCACAAAGCAUCUCCACAAAAAUACUUUGCUGAGGGCUUGCAAUAGACUUAAAAAUAGAGGAAAAUGAAGGUGACAGUAUUCUCUGUCAUUCAUAAAAUGAGUCAAGUGCAGUCUUUUAUUUUGACAUCACAGAAACAAUACUUAAAGGAAGGCAACAAACAGGACUAUUACUUUUUAAACUCUGAAACUUUUAUAUUCAGGAUUGUGUGAGUUUAUUUGUGCUCCGCAUUAUCUGCCAGUACACUAAUGAAGCCUUGAGCUGAACCGUGGUGUGAAAUACAAUUUGUAAUUGCAACGUAAGGCAAAGCAGCACAUUUCCAUACUUUUGUUGUCAUUAAACCAAGACGUCUGAGAGCUCUAAUGUACAGCGUGUGCCAUUAAACAAUCUUUGU